AUGGACAUGGUGUACCUCGUCGGCCCGGAAGGCCAAGAGUGGUUCUUCACCUCUGACAAGUACCUCGACCAGGCGAAGAUGUACAAGUUCACAGUGCCCAUCUUUGGGCCAAAGGUCCUGUACGACGUGGACUAUAGCACCAGAACCUGCCAGCUGCGGUUUAUCCGGGAGAGGCUCACGGACAGCUACAUACGCUCCUACACCAGCCGCCCAGUUAAAGAUGGUCGGUAG